CUGAGCUAGUUUCCGCCUCCCUUUGUUUCACUGUCAGCCAAGCCCUGGGGGGAGAGGAGAUGAAGCGCUGGGGCACUCGGAUCCUGCUGAUUGGGGUUCUUUUUUGGCUAUCCUACACCAUGAGCCUCAAGCAGAGAGAGACCCCACAGGCCAGCUCCGGCCCCGGCUCGGUGGAGCUGAGUGACGGGACCUGCACCUUCUGCUUGAAUUACACCGCCUUCCAGACUGAGCUUCCCCAGCUGCAAAGCUACCGGUGCCGUCGAGGCUCGACGGGAGCGGAAAUGAUUCGGUGGAGCCGUCCGGCGUUUCUGAAGAAAGUGUUCGUGGCGGGGACGGUGGUCGUGGUGGGGAUGGUGGUCGUGGUGGUGGGGGCGGGUUUAGGGAGUCGCGGUGUUGGGCUGCUUUGGACCGUGUACGUCAAGCCGAGACAGAACCUGCAGGCCAGCCCCAGCCCCGGCCCCGGCCCCGGCCCCGGCUCGGUGGAGCUGAGCGACGGGACCUACACCUUCCGCUUGAAUUACACCGCCUUCCAGGCUGAGUUCCCCCAGUUGCAGAGCUACCGGUGCCGGGAGCGGAUCCCAGGGGACGGCGUCUGCUCCGGGCCCCCGGGGCAGCCCCUGCUGCUCCUGGCCGUGAAAUCCCACCCAGCGUCCACCGCCAGACGGGCCACCGCCCGCCACACCUGGGCCCGGCCCAGGCUCCUGGAGGGCUACCGGGUCCGCCCCGUCUUCCUCGUGGGGGUGUCGCCCGACCCCCGGCACAUGGUGCUGCUGGAAGAGGAGAGUCAGGAAUUUGGGGACGUGGUGCUGUGGGAUUUCGCCGAGAGCCACCACAACCUGUCACUCAAGGAGCUCUGCUUCCUGCGCUGGGUGGGGGCGCGCUGCGGGCAGGCGGAUUUCAUCUUCAAAGGCGACGACGACGAGUUUAUGAACCCCCCCGCCCUGGUGACCUACGUGGGCCAGACACCCAACGCCUCCCAGGUCAUCCACGGUAACAUCCAGCGACAUUCAGUCGUGAUGAGAGCUGGGAAAUAUCGUGUCUCCUCCACCCUGUUCCCCCAGGGCAAAUACCCCUUCUUCCCCUCCGGGGGCGGGUUCCUCAUGCCCAGGGCCAGCAUCCUGGCCCUGGCCGCGGCCACCGAGCGCAUCCCCGUCUUCCCGCUGGAUGACGUCUACUUCGGCUUCCUGGUCCUGGCCGCCGGGCUGCGGUACCGGCACGAUGACCGAUUCCGGGUCUUCGGCAUGAAGGACGAGCUGUGUCUGUACGCGGAGGCACUGAUGGUGCACGGGCUGUCGCUGGACAGAGUGGAGGAGGUGUGGAGGGGGUUGUACGAGGAGCAACGGUGCAACGGGACGGGGCCUCUCCCCUCUUAGGGGCAGCAACUCCCACCCAGCCCCAGGGCGGGGAAUGGGGCUUGGGGCCUGUCCCCUCUAGGGGGCACUGACCACAUGGG